CGUUGCCCUCACACCAACGACCAUCUCCAGCAUUCGGUCGUCCUUUCGAACACCUUAGGGAGCUGCAAGAGCUCAGUCCGGGACGACAUCAUAGCCUGGAAGCUCAUGAAACACCAUCUUGUCACCGUUGUUGACCGGGCCCGCCAGGGGUUACCGCACGCAUUCAAACGGGCGAGAAGUGGUGGUAGUGCUGGGUCUGGGCUGGAGAGAGAGACGGAGACAUUCCAUCUCCCCCCCGAGCUCUGGCUGCAUAUCUUCACCUACCUCAUCACCUAUUCGUCGUCAACAACUUCGACGUGCCAAACGGACUCCAUUCGUGCGGCCACUCUCACCUGCCACGCCUUCCGCUCGCUUGCACAGCCGUUGCUGUUCGCAAAGAUAUCUACACAUCCGCCUCCGCCACGAAACGGGUAUGGUAUCAUUGGUCUAGGGCAGAAUCCAAGUGGGCCACGGUAUCGACGACGGACAGUACAAAGAAUGGAGUUCUUUAGUUCAGUCGCCAUCGCCCCUGCAGUUCGGGAGGUCACCAUCGACCCGCCAGAGGAUCACUCGGAUGUGGAGGAGAUAGACACAAUAUUCGAGAGCCUGGCCAAAUUUCCCAAUCUCACGACACUUGUUCUUCGUUCUAUUCGGUUAUCCCUCAGACGACUGUCGCUCUUGCACCAACUUCGUCUCACCACCGUUACCCUGGACUCUUGUCCGAGCGACAUUACUGCAUUCGCCAGCUCAGCAUUACGCCCGCUGUCGCUUUCGACUGUCGUGUUAAAAUACCCUACGAGCGAUACCCCAGACGAAUCCCUUCCUCCAUUGUUUGCGGUCUUUCUUUCCCCCAAAUAUCUCCACCGCCUCUCUUCCAACACGACACAGGUCCUGCCACCGCUUGCGCAAUCACCAAGAGCAUUUCUCCGCCUUCAGCACCUGGAAGUCUCCGUGUUUGGCCUCACAUCGCCCUCCUUCGUCACUGCGAUGAGCCAGUGUCCAAACCUCGAACGACUUAACCUUCAGACGGACCAUGUUUCCGCUCCAAACAUCGAUGUCCAGUUCCAUGGCCACCCUCUUUCCAAUAUACCACGAACGGGGGUACCUGGCGCGCUUCCAGCAAACGUGAUCCCGCUGCUGAAGCUCUACCGCGGACCGCGCAACUUCGCUGGCCUGUUCGCUCGCUCGGGCGGCUGUCUGAAUGCGGUCGAGCUCAGUGGGCCGAUAAAGGCGCACCGGCUGGCGCGGACACUCCGGUUGCUGCCCAAGACCCUGGAGAGCCUCAGCUUCCGCGUCGACGGCGACGUCCCGAAGACCCUGCUGAAAACUAUCGGCACGCAAUUCCCCGCCCUGCGCUCGCUGUCGAUGACCGACCCGCUGCUCUCCGGAGCCGCACUGGAUUCGCUCCUCGCGCCGUGCCGCGACAGCCCGCUGUCGUCGCUGCGCAUUAUUCGCCUGCGGGUCGAGGGCAAGGACCGGUACAACCUGUGGGUGCCACCGGUCGAGCAGGCGGGCGAUGUCGUGGAUGUGUUUGGCAAGGUGCGGCCAGCGCUGCAGGCGGUCUACCCGGGGCUCAUUUGCGUAAAGCUCGUGUAUGGGCUGGAGAACGCGUGCCUAGUUUGGAGGGGACGAGGAGGAAAACACAAGGAGCUGGUGCUGGUGACGCCAAUAGAUUGA